UUAUUUUGUUUUUGAUGUUCGACGACAGAGUGUUUCAAUUUUUUUUAUACGGUUCGUCUUUUUUAUAGCGUGAUUUUAUGGAUAAUUAUUUUGGUUGAUUGUCUUAGUUCUUAGUUAAUUUGUAUGAUUUUAAUCCUUUAUAUUAAUUGUUUAAAUAUUGAUGAUGUUAAAAAAUCUUUUGUUCGUUUUAAAAGAUCAAUUUGAGUCCCAUUCAUAUUGUGUCUACAAAGGGCAGAGAAAAGAAAUGUUUUUCCUCUUUCUUUUUUUGUUAUUUUGACUUCUUUGUUAUAGUUUAGGUCGCUCUUGUAAUAAUUCUGGAUGCUGGCGGACAUAAACGCGACGAUUUGGUGCCUUCCCAUUCAUAUUGUGUCUUUCUCGAUGAAGAAUUCCUUUGUUAGCAUGAUUUGUUUUCAUAAUUCGUUUCUUGAUUUGGCCUUCUGUUUCUGAUCCAAAACAUCAGGAAUUGGGGAAAUAAUUUCCCUUGUGAAAUUCUGGAUUCGUGCGGAAAACAACGCUGCGAUUUUGUGCAAUUUUCGCGGCAUUUGAGGGUUUCCAAAUUUUGUCUCAGCCUUCGAAUCGCGCGUGAUUUACUUGGUUUUUGUUGCCUCUUUCUCGACCAAGAAUUCCUUUGAUAUCAAUCAUUGAUUGGAUAUGUUCUCAAGUUGCUUGUCAAAAAACAUUAGGUUUGCAGGAGCAUUCGAGGAGUUUCUGGUAGCGAAGACGCCGGAAGGAGAUGGGCGAUCAUUUGGUGUUGCAUACGGAUCGGCUAAUGACAAGGAAGACAAGGCACGGGAGGGUUCGUCGCCUUCUGCUGGCCUGCCCAUGGCUGUCAACCAACCUUUCCUACUACUUCGGCUGUCAGCUCUGCUGAUGAGAAAGCAGGAGAGGAAGACAAGGAGGUUGGUGAAGAAGAGCCUCUAAUUCAGAUGGUUGAAUGCCAAAUAUGGCAAGGCGAUGAUCACGUCAAAACUAAGAUUCCCCUUUCACUUGCAGUGGCAGCUUGAAGUAUGCUCGUAGGGCAUGUGUGCAACAUUGGUGCGGCAAGAAGUGCGAUAUAACCUGUGAGAUCUGCCAUGAGAAGACAGCAAUGUCAGAUGGAUGAUUAGAGGUUUUCUUAUGAAUUUUGAUGACUCUGAGAGACUAGCAUUGGCAGCAGUACAGAGUCACUGAAUUGAAGCUGUAUAUGGCGAUUAUCCUACGAAUGCUAGUGGUGCCGUUUCUUUCUGCUCUGCCGCUCUAAUGGCUCCUGGAUUUCAGGUUCCUAUGUAACAUCAUGGGUUGGGCCAUAAGUGUUCUGCGACGGCUAAAGCGAAGGCAGGCCGGAGAGACCUACGGACGGCGCUCGUACCCUCUCAACGUCUUCGCGUCCAAGUCAAAUCGUGUUGUUUGCGCGAGAGCGAACUUGAGAGACACGCUAUAUAAUAGUUCGCCUCGAUCCGUUUCUUCAACCCGACCUGUUUGGCAUCGUCGUCGUCGGAGGUGAAGAAUCGCCGCAGAUGCUAUGUAAUUUUGUGCCAGUGUGAUGGGCCGCACUUUGCUGCCCAAACAUGUAGCCGCCGUGAUCAAGCACCAAAAGGACCCACUUCGGGCUCUCGAGAUGUUCAAUUCGGCGGCGAGUGACGAUGGCUUCAAGCACACCCUCUUCACCUACAAGUGCAUGGCGGACAAGCUCGGAUCCCAUGGAGAGUUCAAGGCCAUGGAGGAUGUAAUCUCAGAGAUGAGAAUGAACCUCGACAACUCCUCGCUCGAAGGGGUAUAUGUGGGCGCCAUGAGGAGCUACGGGCGACGAGGGAAGGUCCAGGCCGCGGUGGAUACGUUCGAGAGGAUGGAUUUCUAUGGCUGUGAGCCGACUGUUAUAUCUUACAAUGCUAUCAUGAACGUUUUGGUCGAGUUCGGGCACUACGAUCAAGCGCAUAAAGUGUACCUCAGAAUGCUCCACAAAGGAAUUGUUCCCGACAUUUACACCUUCACGAUCAGGAUCAAGUCGUUCUGUCGAACUCGACGACCGCACGCAGCCCUGAGGCUUCUGAGGAAUCUGCCGCAGAGAAGGUGCGACGCCAAUGCGGUUUCGUAUUGCACCAUCAUCCGUGGGCUCUACGAGGAGGACUGUCGAUGUGAGGCCUGCAAUCUGUUUGAAGAAAUGCUAAGUAGAAAACUAUGCCCUGAUAUAGUUACAUUUAACAAGCUUAUAGAUGUCCUCUGUCAUAAAGGGAAUGUUCUAGAAAGCUACAAGCUUGUUGCCAAGGUUAUGAAGAGGGGCAUUUCUCUAAACCUGUUCACUUACAAUAUACUAAUCCAAGGUCUGUGUAAGGAUAGUAAGUUGUCUGAGGCUGUUUCGUUGUUAGAGGAAAUGGGUGAGGGUCUGACUCCGGAUGUGAUCACCUAUAACACACUUAUCUCUGGUUUAUGCAAAAGUUCCAAGGUUGUCGAAGCUGAACAAUAUCUGCAUAAGAUGGCAAAUCGAGGCUGCCUGCCGGAUGAUUUUACAUAUAAUACAAUCAUUGAUGGAUAUUGCAAAAUGGGUCGCGUGCAAGAUGCCUGUAAACUUCUAAAAGAUGCACUUUUCAAGGGGUUUGUGCCAGACCGCGUGACUUAUUGCUCUCUAAUCAAUGGGCUCUGCGAGGAAGGUGACAUCAACAGGGCAUUCGAGGUGUUUGAUGAAGCUCAGCGUAAGCUUCUAAAACCUGACAUUAUUAUCUACAAUUCACUAAUAAAGGGGCUGUCUCGGCAAGGCCUUAUACUGCAGGCUUUGGAAGUCAUGGGUGAGAUGUUCGAAAAUGGUUGUAGCCCUGAUAUUUGGACAUAUAACAUCAUCAUAAACGGAUUAUGCAAGAUGGGAAAUGUUUCUGAUGCAACUGUUGUUCUGAAUGAUGCUAUAGCCAAACGAUACCUUCCUGAUGUUUUUACCUUCAAUACAUUGAUCGAUGGCUACUGCAAGCGACUGAAGGUGGAUAAAGCUUUGGAAAUAGUUGACAGGAUGUGGACUCAUGGUAUUAUGCCAGAUGCUAUCACGUACAAUUCCAUACUGAAUGGCCUCUGCAAAGCUGGAAAAACAUCUGAUGUCAUUGAAACUUUUACAGAGAUGGUUAAGAAAGGAUGUCAUCCAAACAUUAUCACAUACAACAUACUCAUAGAAAAUCUGUGCAAUGCCAAUAGAGUAAAAGAAGCUUCUGAUUUGCUUAUGAAGAUGACAAAUGAAGGAUUGACUCCAGAUACCAUUAGUUUUAACACAUUGAUACAUGGAUUCUGCAGGAACAGUGAUCUUGAUGGAGCCUAUGAUCUGUUCAGAAAAUUGAAACAAGAUAAGUUCUUUCCAACAAUUGAUACAUAUAACAUUAUGAUCUGUGCAUUUUCUGAGAAGCUGAACAUUCAUAUGGCUGAGAAGAUUUAUAAUGAGAUGAUCGACAAAGGCUGCUUGCCUGACACAUACACUUACAGUGUCCUAGUCAAUGGAUUUUGUAGGACUGGAAAUACUGACCGUGCUUAUGAAUUUCUGAUAGUCAUGAUCAACAAAGGUUUCAUUCCAACAAUGGGAACAUUUGGACGGGUAAUAAACUGUCUUUCUGUAACCCACAGAGUUCAUGAAGCUGUUGGCCUCAUUCACAUAAUGGUGAGGAGUGGUGUUGUCCCAGAAGUAGUGCAUACCAUAUUCAGUGUUGAUAAAAGGGAAAUAGCAGCUCCUAAGAUUCUUGUGGAGGAGUUGAUGAAAAAAGGUCAUAUAACUUAUUAUGCUUAUGAACUGCUUUAUGAUGCAAUAAGAGAUAAAAAGUUAUUGAGAAAGCAACGCCAAAUGAAAUUUCGUGAGGAUAUUGUACUUAAUCAAGCUCUUAAUUAGGACAUCUCAAAGAGCUAAUUUAAGUGGGAGCUUGCUGUCUUGAAGAUGAAAAUAUCCAAUAUUCUAAGGCCUGUCAAAAAAGACACCAAUCAGUUCACAACCAUACUUCAACUAUGGCAAUACCAUCAAAAGAAUCGAGAAGCCAGUGCAAAUUAUAUAAUACUAAUGCUACUCGGUUAGCAGCUGAUCAAUCUGAUUAUUUGUGGACAAUUGAGAGGGAGCACCAAAACUUUUUGAUCCAAAUAUCUCAGGCUCAUGGAUUGUUCUACUGUGAUUCUCAGGUUUUAUUUCUGUUUGUCUUAGCGGGAAACCUCUGGCUGUUUGUAAUUCAUGCUCAUGGAUCAUCAUAAAUCGAAGUGCUUGCUUCUCGAAACACUUAAACUGACAGCAGUGAUGGUGAUGGUAUGACAGCAAUUCCAGAAUAAUAAUGGAAGAAAUUGUGGUUAUAAAUGCUUGGCAGCUAAGUUAUUCUAUAAUUCAACGUGUUCUAUUCAUAUGAUAUGUGAAGUUUUCAAUGGCUCACUGAUUUGGCUGUGAUUAUGCUGCAGAUCAUACGCAAUAGGUACUGCAGUAUGGGGAUUGUUAAGGGUCUUUGAGAGAGCUGAUUCUUCAACUAGAGAUCAAUACGAGUGCUUAAUUUGCUACACAAAGAUUCCCAUCCAUGAUGUACUGUGAUCCAUUUCAAGUCAGUUUCAUAAAGUUUGACUUCCUUCUUUGGAUGCUGGUCACGAUGGUUGGACUGAUCAGGAAGCCGACCAAAAGUAGAACUAAAUUCUACUGGCUUUGAUACUCUUCUUUGGAUGCUGGCCACAAUGGUUCGACUGAUCCGGGGAGCUGACCAAAAGUAGAACUAAAUUCUACUUGCUUCGAAUAUCAAAUGACUACAAGGACCCUCCUCCUCUGGAUCGAAGGGCGAUGACCGCUCAGAAUCUACAUUAAUGCUGACAUAAAUGCAAAAGGGGAAGGGUCGGGUUUGGGAUCCGCUCGACGAGUCAACAGCGAGGCAACAACCAUCUUCGUUGUAAACGUCGUGGCAAUCACACCAUUUGCAUUGACGCCGACACAAUUGUCGAGCGAUAAUUACGUUGACGUUGACAUAAAUGCAGAGCAACGCGAGGCAGGCAACGAUAAGGUCGACAAUGUGCUUCUCGUGUAGGCGAGUUACAUCGCAGUGAAAGUGAAUCUUAUCAUCA